AGUGCUGCUGACUGCUAAUACUGCAAAGGAACGUCAGCGUUUCAGAGAUAACGCUUAUUUAUUUUCACCAUAAACCACGUGCGCUUUUUACAGUUUUUACUGUCAGUAUUGUUUUGUGACUGGUCAUUUGCCCGGUGUACAAUCUUGGACAAUGUCGGCAGUACAGCGGAUGAAAGUAGCCAACGAGAAACACAGCAAGACAAUCACACAACGCGGCCACGUCCAGAAAACCACGCGAGUGGUAAACGAGGACAAGUCGCCGGUGGGCCCAUGGCUACUGGCGCUCUUUGUGUUUGUGGUGUGCGGAUCAGCUAUCUUCCAGAUCAUUCAGAGCAUCAGGCAGGGCAUGUGACCUCUGUGUCCGAGAACAAUUAGCAGCUGAGCCCGACAACUCCGACUCACCUGGACUCUCCUGUUUCUCCUUGCCCUCAAACUGUACCCAAUCCCCGUUUUUAAAAUGUUAUUUCUUCUACCGGUUUCUGAACACACUGAGGGUUUUAUGCAUAUUUUUGCAUACUUAAAAAUGUUCUCUAUAAGUUGUUUACAGCUGUAGUCAGUAUGUCUGCAGGUCUUUGGGUAAUUGAGCCACACUACAGAAAAAUAAUGUGUGUGAGCAUAUUUGUGCUAGCACUUUUUAACCUUCCUUCAUUUCUGACCACUAUAGGUAGAUUGAUUACAUUUGUGCUUGUUCUGUAGCCUCAUUUCCCAUGAAAACCUUGAUAUGCUCUGGUUUGAUUUGACAGUUCUGUCACAAGUGAUCCAAAUACUGUUGUUCAUACUUGUCACUGUUUAUAGUCUAAAUCAAGUAAAGACAUUUCAUUUUGUCAUUGGUGUAGUCAUCAGUCCCCUGUAAGAUACUCCCACUGAGAGCAGUUUCUUGAGAUCCUUACCUCUAUGUAGAUAUAUUUUCCCCCUUUUUGUGCUCAAAAGCCAGGAAAUUAACAAUGGGUUACUGUUGUCAUGGUUACGGAUAUCAACAAGAACCUAUUUUGUUGUAAGAUUGAAAUGGAACAUUCUGUUAUGCAUCUUUUCUAUUAUUUGCCACUUUUUGUUAAGCCCAUAAAAGUUAUUGCCUGUAUGGUGUUUGGUCAUUUUUAUUUUCCUUAUUUUGAAUGAACCAAUUUUUAAAGUAUAGUUAUUGUUUGGUAGACUGAAAUUGGAAGUAUUUGAGAAUUUAA